UACAGGAAGAGAAACGACACAAUGGCCGCACACACAAAGACAAAAAUAUUCUACAUUUCAGUAGGUUUUUGGCUUAUUUUAGGUGUUGAAUGCUACGACGGCUGGUCAAACCAAGUAUUAACAGUUCAGACUGGAGGAUCUGUCACCAUCCCAUGUUAUUAUGACAAGAAAUACACACAGCAGAAGAAAUACUGGUUCUUAGAUAUUGAUAUGAAAUACACAAACAUCUCUGAGGAGAAUCUGUCAGUAAUUGAUCAUCCUGAUCAGAGUCUCUUUACUGUGACUAUGAGAAACCUGCAGGAUGAAGACACUGGAGGUUAUCAUUGUGUUGUUGACAUUGAAGGAAUAAUGAGCAGCACAUAUGAGGUUUAUAUCCAGGUUCAAUCUGCUCCUGAUGUGUCUGUGGUGAGCAGCAGUGUAUCUGGACAUGAAGGUGGUGAUAUCAGUGUUCAGUGUCUCUACAGUUCUGGAUAUCAGAAUGAAGUCAAACAGUGGUGCACGUCAGAAUUCAAACAUUUCUCAAUGACGUUUCUCAGAAUCAUCUUCGUGGAAUGGAUAUUUGUCUGCAUUUUGUGUUCAUGGACUAUUUCCUCAGUUUCUUUAACCUUUUUCUAUAACAAUAAUUUCUUUGUUGCCUUCAUGAUUUUUCUUUUCUGUUUAUUUUAAAAAUUAAAUACAAUUGUCAUUGUUGAAUCCUAGCUGUUCUUAUGUUUGCUUUCAUUAUUUCAGUUUUUAACAAUUUUUUGUAACAUUAUAUUUUUUAUUAUAUUAAUGUUUGUCUAUUUUGGUUUCAUUUAAAAGACUGCACAUUUAAUGCACAUUUGCAUUUGGACAUUUGCUAAUUAUUUAUUUCAUGUUUUGUGACAGUUUGUAUUCAGAGGUUUAAGAGUAAAGUAUGUUAUUUAAGUAUUGAUUUUUAUUUCUUUAUUUUGUAUUAAUACAUAACGUCACUGUAUUCAUUUAUAAUGUAACAUUAUAGCGUGACAUUUGUGUCAAUAAUCUUGAAGCACAGGUGACAAAUUCUGCUUAGGGCCCCCAAGAGGCUCGGGCCGGCACUGAGCCCGAACCCGACUGAACCAAAGAUCGGGCAAAGAUCUUCAGCUCUACUCCUGACUGUGUGGCUUCUAGUUUUAGCUGCUGUGUUAUUGAUUCUGGUCAGUGUUUUCAUCAGGAGAUUGAGACGGAGACACCUCCAUUUUUUUUAUUUCAAUUCCAUUUUUAAAUAUAGUUCAAAAGCACAAUUUCUAUAUAUAGUAUUUCAGUUUGGUUAAUGUAAUGUUAUUUGUUAAUGAAGAGCAAAACAAACACCAAAUCAGAGAGAUGUACAGCAGCACAACCACUGACACGGUAAGUCAUUUAGUUUAUGAUUUAUGAUAGUUUAUUACUUAUG